CAAGAAACCAAGUCGGACGAAUUGGUGGCGACGUUGUACGGCUUAGAAACGGACACACGUUACUUCAUCGCUGUUCAAGCUCGAAACGUCAAAGGAGAUAGCGAGAUGAGCUCUGUGGCUACUGUGACUACUAAACAUGGAAUACCUGGCCAGCCGGUAUCGCUCACCGCCAAGCCGCUUGACUCGCGCCGAGUGCAGCUCGCUUGGGAGAAACCGCUAUUUUCGCUUCCAGUAACUGCACCUACUGGACCCCCACGUCUUCUGAACGUCACCGCCAUUUCGCCUACGGCUCUGCAUGUGCUGUGGGCGGCUCCGGAUGCUGGCAGGAAUCCCUUGGUUCAGUAUCGUGUACGGUAUCGUGUUGUGACGACCGAGAAUGCUACCUCGGAGAGUGUGAGCUCAAGCUAUGAGGAAGUCGUCGAUGAUGAGAUACUUGCAACGAAGCCACCUACUUGGUACAGCACUCUGUGGAAUGCUAGUGAUGUGAUGGCGAACGUGACUGGUCUGCAACCGUUCACCGUCUACGAGGUCACCGUCGCAGCUGCUACCGUAGAAGGCUUUGGACCUGAAAGUAGUCCGUUACGGCGGCGAACUCAUGAAGAUGCAGACAAUGAGGAUUCUCUACCUGGUAAGUAA